CCCGGUCAAAGUCCCCGGAUAACGUCCGAUGUUCUCGUGAUUCAUCAGGUUGCUGUAUCGAUUCAGGAACACGACUACAAUUCAAAAUAGCUCCAGACAUCAGGCAGGAUGGCAGACCAAGUGGAAGCCGAGGGUCAGCCAGCUCAACCUGUCCAGUCUGUGGCAGAUCCGGAUAAAUUUGUCACAUAUUUAGAACGGUGUGUGCCUGUUUUACUCGACGAUUGUGAUGGCACAUCUGCAUCUUUCAAGGCCGCGCUGUCAGAUCGCAAUAAUGUCGAGCAGAUAAAAAAGUUUCUAAGUGAUCCACAAACACCAACGUUACUGGUACAACGCUCAUCUACUAAAGAUGAGUCUGAGGAAGUUGCAGACAGUGGGGAAGGAGACGGUGAGGCCGGAGUGUCAUACAUCAUAUCCUCAGAUGUGCAUUUCACAAGCUCCAAAAUAUUCAGUUUGGUAUUUAUCAAGAGAGGAGCUGUGGUUGAGGCAGAUAAAUCAUUUCCCUCGCAGCUUCAAAUUAUGAAUCUCAGCGAUGGUUCCCCUUAUGAAGCACUGCAUUCCUACAUCAGCCAUGCUGUAUCCCCUUACUUUAAGUCCUAUAUUAGAGAAACUGGCAAAGCUGAGAGGGAUGGUGACAAGAUGGCUCCAGCAGUUGAGAAGAAGAUUGUUGACCUUGAGAUGGGACUUCUACAUCUCCAGCAAAAUAUAGAUAUACCAGAGAUCAGUUUACCUAUACAUGCUGUUGUGUCUUCUGUUAUAAAAAAAUGUGCUGAGGAAGGUAGGAAGCCUAAGGUUGAAGAUUUUGGAGACAAAGUUGAGGAUGCACAAUUUUUAAAUGCUUUACAAAGUGGUGUUAACAGAUGGAUUCGAGAAAUACAGAAGGUGACUAAGCUUGACAGGGAUCCCUCAUCAGGCACAGCUUUACAGGAGAUCAGUUUCUGGUUAAACCUUGAGCGAGCUUUGUUGAGAAUUCAGGAGAAAAGAGAGAGCCAAGAAAUUGUCCUAACAUUGGAUAUCUUAAAGCAUGGCAAAAGAUUCCAUGCUACUGUCAGUUUUGAUACAGAUACAGGCCUGAAAGCUGCUAUGACCACUGUGAAUGACUAUAAUCAACUGAUGAAGGAUUUUCCAUUAAAUGACUUGCUGUCUGCCACAGAAUUAGACCGUAUACGUGUUGCUCUACAGGCAAUCUUCCAACACCUUAGGAAGAUCAGACCCACAAAAUACCCCAUACAGAGAGCCCUUAGAUUGGUAGAGGCUAUCUCCAGGGAUCUUAGCACACAGCUAUUAAAGGUACUUGGUACAAGACGUUUGAUGCAUAUACCAUAUGAUGAGUUUGAGAAAGUGAUGUCAGCAUGUUUUGAUGUAUUUUCUACCUGGGAUGACGAGUAUGAUAAGUUACAAGGUUUACUGAGAGAUAUCGUCAAGAAAAAGAGAGAGGAACACUUACGUAUGGUCUGGCGUGUAAAUCCUGCACAUAAACGCUUGCAGGGGCGUCUUGAUCACAUGAGGAAAUUCCGUCGCCAGCACGAGCAGCUUCGACAAGUGAUUGUAAGAGUAUUAAGACCUGUGACCAGUAAACAGAAGCCUGGUACACCUCUAGAGGAGAUCGCACCAAAGCUUGAACCUGUUGUAGAUGAGGCAGCUGAUGCUAAUGCUAUUGAGGAGGUAAACCUAGCAUAUGAGAAUGUGAAGGUUGUAGACGGUCUGGAUGUUUCCAAGGAAGGAUCUGAUGCUUGGGAAGCUGCCAUCAAAAGGUAUGAUGAGAGGAUAGAUCGAGUAGAGACAAGAAUUACAGCACGACUACGUGACCAGCUAGGUACAGCCAAGAAUGCCAAUGAAAUGUUUAGAAUCUUCUCACGUUUCAACGCUCUGUUUGUACGACCACAUAUUCGUGGAGCUAUACGUGAAUAUCAGACACAGCUCAUGCAGAGGGUGAAAGAUGAUAUCGAGUCUCUACAUGAGAAGUUCAAGGUUCAAUAUCCACAAAGUAAGACAUGUAGAAUGAGCAAGGCUAGAGAUUUCCCCUCAGUAUCUGGUAGUAUCAUCUUUGCUAGACAGAUUGAGCGACAAUUGACUGCGUAUCUGAGGCGUGUAGAAGAUGUUCUUGGAAAAGGAUGGGAAAAUCAUGUUGAAGGUCAGAAAUUGAAGGCCGAUGGUGAUAGCUUCAGAAAUAAACUUAACACCCAGGAACUGUUUGAAGAUUGGUCUAGAAAAGUGACUCAGAGACAGCUGCAGGUGUCUGGUAGAAUUUUCACAAUAACCAGCAUCAAGUCAAGGAUUCCUGGUAAAGGAAAUGUUCUCAAACUGGGUGUUAACUUUCAGAAAGACAUUAUUACUCUCUCUAAGGAGGUGAGAAACAUGAAAUGGCUGGGUUUUCGUGUUCCACUAUCUAUAGUGAACAAGGCUCAUCAAGCGAACCAACUUUACCCAUUUGCCAUGUCUCUGUUUGAGAGUGUUCGCACUUAUCAACAGACCCUAGAAAAAGUUGAUGAACGUCCAUCAAUACAUUUACUUGUAGCAGGACUUCACAAGGAGGUCCAGAAACUUAUUGAAGAGGGAGUACAGCUUGUGUGGGAAUCCUACAAACUAGACCCAUAUGUACAAAAACUUGCUGACACAUUGGUCAAUUUCCAAGAAAAAGUGGAUGAUUUGUUAGCUAUGGAACAGGAGAUAGAUCUGGAAGUAAAGUCACUAGAGACUUGUGCAUACAGUAGUACAACAUUCAGUGAGAUACUGGGCAAGAUACAGAAAGCUGUAGACAAUCUUAGUCUACAUUCCUACUCUAACCUACCACAGUGGGUAGCCAGGCUCGAUGAUGAGGUGGAGAAGAGACUUGCAGGACGUCUAGAGAUAGCAUUGGAUGCCUGGAACAAAUGUUUACUGGGUAAGAAAGAAGAUCAUGUUGACUACAGUAUGGAUACUGAUACACCACAAUCAGCUAGCAUGAAACUUGGAGGAGAACCAAACAUCAAGCCAAUGAUUCAUGAGUUGCGUAUAACAAAUCAACUGAUCUAUGUUAACCCACCAGUUGAAGAGGCUCGAGUCAACAUCAUGCAGGAACUGUUUGGCUGGGAAGCCAUUGUCACCAGUCUCCCUAAAAUAAAGCACUCUAGAUACCAGGUUGGUUUGGAUGUAGAAUCUGAGGCAGCUGCCACCUACAAGAAUGUUCUAACAAAGUUGCCUGGUGGAAUGAAAGUCAUUGAAGAAUCUUACUAUGCUAUACAGAAAACUGUUAAAGAAAUGGAGAACUAUAUCAUGGUAUGGUUGAGGUACCAGGCAUUGUGGGAUCUUACACCAGAUGGUCUUUAUCAGAGGAUGGGAGAUCUACCUACAUGGAUGACAACACUGGAACAGAUCAAGUCUGCAAGAAAGACUUUUGACACUUCUGAGACCCAGAAAGAGAUUGGUCCAAUUAUUGUACAGUUUGGUAAAGUCCAGUCCAAGGUGACACUGAAAUAUGACUCCUGGCACAAGGAUGUACUGAGCAGGUUUGGUGGCAUGUUGAGCAAUGAGAUGACCGAGUUCCACUCUCACAUACAGAAGUCACGAUCCGAGCUGGAACAACAGUCUAUAGACACUGCUAACACAUCAGAAGCUGUUGGUCUAAUCACACAAGUACAAGCAUUGAAACGCAAGAUGAAAAACUGGGAGAAACAAGUUGAUAUGUAUAAAGAAGGUCAGCGUAUCUUAGAGAGACAAAGAUUUCAGUUCCCCACUAACUGGUUAUACAGUGACAAUAUUGAGGGAGAAUGGGGAGCUUUCACUGACAUAAUGAAACGUAAGGAUGGUUCUAUACAGACCCAGGUAGCCAGUCUACAGAUGAAGAUUGUCUCCGAGGACAAGAUUGUCGAGGGCAAAACAUCGGAUCUCCUUGUAGACUGGGAGAAAGAUAAACCUGUUGCUGGUGAGCUUCCACCAGAUGAGGCAUUAAAGGCUAUAACAAUAUUUGAAGGCAAAUUUACCAGACUAAAGGAAGAAAGAGAUAAUGUUGCUAAGGCAAAGGAGGCUCUAGAAUUGGCCGAACCAGGUCAGUUGAGCGGUUCCCACAAAAGGGUUGAUGGCCUGUUGAACCAAAUGAAAGAAUUACCUGCCAGACUGAGAGCUUAUGCCUCGUAUGAACAUGUGAAGAGGCUAUUACAAGGAUUUGCUAAGGUGAAUGUGUUGGUAGUUGAAUUAAAAUCUGAAGCUUUGAAGGAGCGUCAUUGGAAACAACUGACUCGUCGUCUUGGUGUUAAGUGGGUGUUGUCAGAUUUGACCUUGGGUCAUGUAUGGGAUAUAGACUUACUGAAGAAUGAACAUAUUGUCAAAGAUAUAAUCCUUGUUGCACAGGGAGAAAUGGCUUUGGAAGAAUUCUUGAAACAGGUGAGUGAGACAUGGAGAGCAUAUGAGUUGGACAUGGUGAGUUACCAGGGUAGGUGCAGACUGAUUCGAGGCUGGGAUGACCUCUUCAACAAGGUCAAGGAACACAUCAACAGUGUAAUGGCCAUGAAACUCUCCCCUUACUACAAGUAUGAAAUAAAAAUUGUAGUGAGUACAGAGUUCCUGGCAUUAAUGAAGAAGGUAGCCAAGUCUCCACUAGUGAUGGAUGUACUCAACAUUCCUAACUCACAGAGACAGUUGGAGAGAUUAGCCGACCUCCUCGGCAAGAUACAGAAGGCUUUAGGAGAGUAUCUAGAGAGAGAAAGGGCAUCAUUCCCAAGAUUCUAUUUUGUUGGAGAUGAAGAUUUACUAGAGAUUAUUGGUAACAGUAAGAAUGUCGCCAGGUUACAGAAACAUUUCAAGAAAAUGUUUGCUGGAGUAGCCUCCAUCAAUCUCAAUGAUGAUAACUCACAGGUGCUUGGUCUACUGUCCAAGGAGGGAGAGGAUGUUGUAUUUGCAACACCAGUAUCUAUUGCCCAGCACCCUAAGAUCAAUGAAUGGCUGACUUGUGUAGAAAAGGAAAUGAGAGUAACACUUGCUAAACUGUUAGCUCAGGCAGUCAAAGAUGUUGCUACAUUCAAAUCAGGAACCAUUGAUCGAGAACAGUACUUGGUCUGGGUAGACAAAUUCCAGGCCCAGUUGGUAGUGUUGGCGUCACAGAUUUCCUGGUCAGAAAGUGUGGAUGGUGCACUUACUGCUAUAGCUAACAAGGGAGGAAAAGAUUUAGGACCUCUCAAUGAUGUUCUAGGAUCUGUUGAAUCCACGCUCAAUAUUCUAGCCGACUCUGUACUUCAUGAACAACCACCAGUACGCAGAAAGAAAUUGGAGCAUCUGAUUACAGAGCUGGUACAUCAGAGGGAUGUUACAAGACAGUUGAUCAAGGACAAUGUUAACAGUCCCAAGUCAUUUGACUGGCUAUGUCAGAUGAGAUUCUACUUUGAUCCGAAGAACCCUGAUGUUCUACAGCAGCUGUCUAUACAGAUGGCCAAUGCCAAGUUUAACUAUGGAUUUGAGUACCUAGGAGUGCAGGAGAAACUUGUACAGACCCCUCUCACUGACAGAUGUUAUCUCACCAUGACACAAGCACUUGAGGCCAGGCUAGGAGGAUCUCCUUUUGGUCCUGCUGGUACAGGUAAAACAGAGUCUGUGAAAGCCCUUGGUAACCAGUUAGGUAGAUUUGUGCUUGUCUUCAACUGUGACGAGACAUUUGACUUCCAGGCGAUGGGACGUAUCUUUGUUGGUCUGUGUCAGGUAGGAGCAUGGGGAUGUUUUGAUGAGUUCAAUCGUCUGGAGGAACGCAUGUUAUCUGCAGUCUCCCAGCAGAUCCAGACCAUACAGGAAGCUCUUAAAGACAUGAUGGGCAGGAAAGAUAAAGAUGGCAAGAAACAGAAGGGUCAUCCAAUGAUUGUAGAACUGAUUGGAAAGUCAGUAAAGGUAAACCCAGACAUGGCUAUAUUUAUAACCAUGAACCCUGGCUAUGCUGGAAGAUCAAACCUUCCCGACAACUUGAAGAAACUGUUCCGUAGUCUUGCUAUGACCCAACCAGAUAGACAGCUUAUUGCUGAGGUUAUGUUGUACUCCCAGGGAUUUAGAACUGCCGAAAAACUCUCAUCAAAGAUUGUACCAUUCUUCAAACUUUGUGAUGAGCAGUUAUCACCUCAGUCCCACUACGACUUUGGUCUGAGAGCGUUGAAGUCUGUACUAAUAUCAGCUGGUAAUGUAAAGAGAGACAGGAUAAUGAAAGUGAAGGAAGAUCUACUGGAGAAGGGACAAGCUGUGGAGGAGGCUUCUAUAGCUGAAAAUCUACCAGAACAAGAGAUUUUGAUUCAAAGUGUUAUGGAAACAAUGGUACCAAAGUUGGUUGCUGAAGAUAUCCCACUAUUACACAGUCUGUUGUCGGAUGUGUUCCCAGGCGUGAAAUAUAACCCAGCAAUGAUGGAAGCUCUCCGUAGGGAGGUGAAGAGAGUCUGUGAGGAAAUGUUCCUGGUUUAUGGAGAGGGUGAUGAACUUGGUGCAAUGUGGAUUGAAAAAGUGUUACAGUUAUACCAGAUCACCGUGUUACACCAUGGUUUGAUGAUGGUAGGACCCAGUGGUAGUGGUAAAUCUACAGCCUGGAGAGUCCUUCUUAAAGCUCUAGAGAGACUAGAAGGUGUGGAAGGUGUCGCACAUGUCAUUGAUCCUAAAUCAAUUUCCAAGGAUUAUUUGUAUGGUAACAUGGAUCCGAACACAAGGGAAUGGACUGAUGGUCUCUUUACACACACUCUUAGGAAGAUAAUUGACAAUGUAAGAGGAGAGUUACAGAAACGUCAGUGGAUCAUAUUUGAUGGAGAUGUAGAUCCUGAAUGGGUGGAGAAUCUGAACUCAGUACUAGAUGAUAACAAACUUCUUACUUUACCAAAUGGUGAACGUCUUGGUAUACCACCUAAUGUGCGUAUAAUGUUUGAGGUACAGGACUUGAGGUAUGCUACAUUGGCUACUGUAAGUAGAUGUGGUAUGGUAUGGUUUAGUGAAGAUGUUUUGUCUGUUGAGAUGGUAUUUGAAAACUUCAUGUCACGCCUGAAAAACAUACCUCUUGAUGAUUCAGAUGAUGUGGAUACUUACAAGAUUGGAAAACAAGAACAAGAGGAGGUUGUUUCCCCACUUUUACAGGUACAAAGAGAUUGUGCUUUAGUGUUGAGCAGUCACUUGACAUCAGAUGGGCUAGUUAACAGAUGUCUAGAGUUUGCUAUGGAUCUAGAACACAUCAUGGACUUUACUCGCCUACGUGCAUUGAACUCUCUCUUCUCAAUGUUGAAUCAAGCUGUGAGAAAUAUCUUGAACUACAACAGCAGUCAUCCUGAUUUCCCUAUGGCUCAAAACCAGUUAGAGUCGUACAUGAGCAAGUAUUUGAUUCACAGUCUGUUGUGGUCACUGUCAGGAGAUGGCAAGCUGAAAGUACGAGAAGACAUGGGACAGUUUAUACGUGGUAUCACAACUAUACCCCUACCACCUGCUACAAACUUGAGAAUCAUUGAUUAUGAGGUAUCAAUCACAGGGGAAUGGACACCAUGGCAGUCUAGGGUUCCAGUCGUGGAAAUUGAGACCCACAAGGUGGCGUCCCCUGAUGUUGUCAUACCAACAAUUGACACUGUACGCCAUGAGAAUCUUCUGUUUACAUGGCUGGCUGAACACAAGCCUCUGGUACUAUGUGGUCCACCAGGCUCUGGUAAAACCAUGACUUUAUUCAGUGCUUUAAGAUCGUUACCAGACAUGGAAGUUGUUGGUCUCAACUUCUCCAGUGCCACAACUCCUGAGUUGUUAUUGAAGACAUUUGAUCAUUACUGUGAAUACAGACGUACACCUAAUGGUGUAAUUCUAUCUCCAGUACAGAUUAACAAGUGGCUUAUUCUGUUCUGUGAUGAAAUCAACUUACCAAAUAUGGAUAAAUAUGGAACACAGAGAGUUAUAUCAUUUCUGCGUCAGAUGUUGGAAUAUGGUGGUUUCUUCAGGACUGCAGAUCAGACCUGGGUUAAGUUUGAAAGAAUACAGUUUGUUGGUGCAUGUAACCCUCCUACUGACCCUGGCAGAAAACCUCUAUCACACAGGUUCUUGCGUCAUGUACCAGUUGUGUAUGUGGAUUAUCCAGGCAAGAUUUCCCUCACCCAGAUUUAUGGAACAUUCAACAGAGCCAUGCUUAGACUUGUACCUAGUCUUAAACCAUAUGCUGAACCUCUCACCAAUGCUAUGGUGGAAUUCUAUCUCAUGUCACAGGAGAGAUUUACCCAGGACAUGCAGCCCCAUUAUGUGUACAGUCCUCGUGAAAUGACACGCUGGGUUAGAGGUAUAUGUGAAGCUCUGAGACCAAUGGAGAGCCUUUCAGUAGAGGGUCUGGUCAGAAUCUGGGCACAUGAAGCCCUUAGACUGUUCCAGGACAGGUUGAUAGAAGAUGAAGAACGUCAUUGGACAGAUGAGAAUGUUGACAUGGUUGCUAUGAAACAUUUCCCAGGUAUCAACAGAGAGGAAGCUAUUGCUAGACCUAUAUUGUUCUCUAACUGGCUAUCAAAGGAUUACACUCCAGUAGAUAGGGAGGAACUGAGAGAGUACACCAAGGCUAGGCUGAAGGUAUUUUAUGAGGAAGAGUUGGACGUGCCGCUGGUACUGUUCGAUGAGGUAUUAGAUCAUGUAUUACGUAUUGAUCGUAUCUUCCGUCAACCUCAAGGUCACGUUCUCCUGAUUGGAGUUAGUGGAGCAGGAAAGACAACUUUGUCUAGAUUUGUUGCCUGGAUGAAUGGACUGACUGUGUAUCAGAUCAAGGUACACAAUAAAUACACAGCUGCCGACUUUGAUGAGGAUCUUAGAAUUGUACUAAGGAGAUCAGGUUGCAAGAAUGAGAAGAUAGCUUUUAUAAUGGAUGAAUCUAAUGUGCUGGACUCUAGCUUCUUGGAAAGAAUGAAUACAUUGUUGGCUAAUGGAGAGGUACCAGGCUUGUUUGAAGGAGAUGAAUACACUACUUUGAUGACACAGUGCAAGGAGGGUGCUACCAGAGAGGGCUCCAUGCUUGACUCCUCCGAGGAACUUUACAAGUGGUUCACUCAACAAGUAAUGAAGAACCUCCAUGUGGUGUUUACAAUGAACCCAUCAGCUGAAGGACUGAAAGACCGAGCAUCUACAUCACCUGCUCUCUUUAACAGAUGUGUAUUGAACUGGCUAGGUGACUGGUCUACAGGGGCUUUAUACCAAGUUGGUAAGGAGUUCACAAAUAAAGUGGAUCUGGAGAAAGGACAGUACAUUGCUCCAGAAAACUACCCCAUUGCCUACCCAUCACUGCCACAACCACCAGGACAUCGUGAUGCUGUCAUCAAUGCAUUUGUGUUUGUACAUCUGUCCUUACAUCAGGCUAACACACACGUACAGAAACGAGGUGGACGAACCAUGGCGAUUACACCCAGACAUUACCUUGACUUUAUCAACCACUUUGUAAAGUUAUACCAUGAGAAGAGAUCUGACCUUGAGGAGCAGCAACUUCAUCUAAACAUUGGUCUACAAAAGAUUCAUGAUACUGUAAAACAGGUCGGAGAACUACAGAAAUCUCUCUCUGUUAAACGUAUUGAACUGGAGGAGAAGAACAAUGCUGCCAACUCUAAACUUAAACAAAUGGUAAAAGAUCAACAAGAAGCUGAAGGUAAGAAGGUGACAUCACAGGAGAUUCAGCAAGCAUUGAAGAAACAGACAGAGGAGAUCCAGAUAAAACAAGUUGAUGUGAAGGAAGAUCUAGACAAGGUCGAGCCAGCUGUCAUAGAGGCCCAACAAGCUGUGAAAUCCAUCAGGAAACAACAUCUUGCGGAGAUCCGAGCACUGCCCAAUCCUCCCCCGCUUGUCAAGCUGUCCCUAGAGGCCAUCUGUAUGCUCCUUGGUGAGCCAGAUGUCGACUGGAAGGCAAUGAGAUCCAUUAUAAUGAGAGACAACUUCAUCUCAAGCAUUGUCAAUUUUAGAACUGAUGAUUUAUCUGAUGAUAUAAGAUCUAAAAUGAAGGCCAAGUAUUUAAGUAACCCUGAUUUCAACUAUGAGAAAGUGAACAGAGCUAGUUUGGCUUGUGGUCCUAUGGUGAAAUGGGCUAUUGCUCAGAUCAACUAUGCUGACAUGUUGAAACGUGUGGAGCCUCUCCGUAAUGAGUUAUUGGCCCUUGAAUCUCAGGCCAAUGAGAACAAGUUGAAAGGUGACGAUGUAAUGAAGCUGAUAGCUGACCUAGAGAGAAGUAUUGCCAAAUACAAGGAGGAGUAUGCCUUACUUAUCAGUCAGGCCCAGGCCAUCAAGACAGAUCUAAAUGCUGUAGAACUAAAGGUUGAACGUAGUGUUGCCCUUCUUGAGUCAUUGACUAGUGAGAAGGUAAGAUGGGAGGCUGGAAGUGAGACAUUCAAGAACCAAAUGGCCACAAUCAUUGGAGAUGUCCUCAUUUCAUCUGCAUUUAUGGCAUAUGCUGGCUACUUUGAUCAGAAGAUGAGAAGAAACCUGUUCUCUACUUGGUCCAAUCAUCUACAGAAGGCCUCCAUACAGUUCAGAAAUGACCUGGCUAGGACUGAAUAUCUGUCUAAUGCUGAUGAACGUUUGAGAUGGCAAGCUAAUGCACUACCAGCUGAUGAUCUGUGUACAGAGAAUGCCAUUAUGUUGAAGAGAUUUAAUAGAUACCCACUGAUCAUUGAUCCCUCUGGUCAGGCUACAACCUUCAUCUGUAAUGAAUACAGGGAGAAGAAGAUUACCAGAACAAGUUUCCUGGAUGAUUCAUUCCGUAAGAAUUUAGAAAGUGCAUUGCGAUUUGGUAAUCCAUUGCUGGUACAAGAUGUAGAAAGUUAUGAUCCAAUAUUGAACCCUGUACUGAAUCGUGAAUUGAGGCGUACUGGAGGUCGUGUGUUGAUCACCCUCGGAGACCAGGAUAUUGACUUGUCACCAUCAUUCACUAUCUUCCUGUCUACCAGGGAUCCAAAUGUUGAGUUCCCACCAGAUCUUUGUUCAAGGGUGACCUUUGUCAACUUUACAGUGACAAGAAGCAGUUUACAGGAUCAGUGUUUGAACCAGGUAUUGAAGUCUGAGAGACCCGAUGUUGAUGAGAAGAGAUCUGACCUGCUCAAACUACAGGGCGAGUUCCAGGUUAGACUACGACAGCUUGAGAAGUCAUUGCUGCAAGCCCUUAAUGAGGUGAAAGGUCGUAUCCUUGACGAUGACAGUAUCAUUACUCACCUUGAGACAUUGAAGAAAGAGGCAGCAGAAGUUGCACGUAAGAUGGAGGAGACAGACGUUAUCAUGGCUGAAGUUGAGACAACAUCACAACAAUAUCUGCCACUGGCUAUGUCCUGUAGUAGUAUAUACUUCACACUGGAGGCUUUGAAACAGGUUCACUUCCUGUAUCAGUACUCACUGCAGUUUUUCUUGGAGAUAUUCCACUCUGUCCUCGCCAGUCCCAAACUGAAUGGUAUCAAAGAGUAUACUCAAAGACUGGCAGUUAUUACAUCAGAAUUGUUCCAGGAGACAUACAGUCGUGUAGGUAGAGGCAUGUUACAUGAGGACAGGAUUACAUUUGCUAUACAAUUGUGUAGGAUACAUCUUAAGGGCAUGCAGGGUGAGUCAACAUAUGAUGGUGAGUUCCAUCAGUUCUUAAGGAGUCAGGAAGGACUUAUCUCAUCUAAACCUCCACCAGCUAUCCAGGGCUUGACACAGCAACAGGUCGAGUCCCUAGUUAGACUGAGUCAGUUGAGACAAUUUAAGAAGAUUGUUGAUGAAGUGAAAGGAAAUGUUGAGAUCCAAGCAUGGUUGGAGAGUGAUUAUGCUGAGACAAAUAUACCAGAGAUCUGGGAUUCUGAUAAACCAUUAAGUGAUAUAGGGAAGGCAGUUAAUGGUUUAUUGGUUGUUCAAGCAAUGAGACCGGAUAGACUAACAUCAAUGGCUAGACUCUUUGUAGAGAAAGUGCUGGGUACAAGUUUUGCACACAUUGCAGAUAAGGAACUUGAUCUUGCUGAAAUUGUUGAAUCUGAGUUGAAGGCCAGUACACCAGUGUUGAUGUGCUCACUACCAGGAUAUGAUGCUAGUAGCAGAGUAGAUGACCUGGCUACAGAGCUAGGCAAACAGAUUACUUCCAUUGCUAUUGGUUCUGCCGAAGGAUUCACACAAGCAGAUAAGGUGAUCAACUCUUCUAGUAAGUCAGGUCGAUGGGUCAUGCUGAAGAAUGUACACCUUGCACCACAGUGGUUGGUACAGCUGGAGAAGAAGUUGCACAACUUAACUCCACAUCCAAGCUUCAGACUUUUCCUUACUAUGGAAAUCAAUCCAAAGUUACCAACAAACUUACUCCGUGCUGGUAGAGUGUUUACAUUUGAACCUCCACCUGGUGUGUCAGCCAACUUACUGAGAACAUUCAGUACUAUACCCGCCACCAGAAUGUGCCGAGAACCAAAUGAGAGAUCAAGGUUAUAUUUCCUGUUGGCCUGGUUCCAUGCUAUUGUACAAGAAAGGAUGAGGUACAUGCCUCUUGGUUGGGCCAAGAAAUACGAGUUUACUGAAUCCGACCUGAAAGUUGCUUGUGACAUGCUUGAUACGUGGAUUGAUUCAGUUGCUAUGGGAAGAACAAACUUGCCCCCAGAGAAGGUGCCCUGGGAUGCUGUGAGGACUUUAUUGGCACAGUGUAUCUAUGGAGGAAAGAUUGAUAAUAACUUCGAUCAGAGACUUUUGACAAGCUUUGUACACAAGCUGUUCACACCAAGGAGUUUUGAGGGAGACUUUACUCUUGUACCUAACAUGGAUGGUCCUGGUAAAAAGAUUGUCAUGCCUGACAGCAUAAGACGAGAGGAGUUUGUGAAGUUUUCUGAGAAUCUGGAUGGUGACAGACAGACACCAGCUUGGCUUGGUCUGCCUAACAAUGCAGAGAAAGUUCUUCUCACCAACCAGGGUUCAGAUAUGUGUGCUAAACUUAUGAAGGUUGAGUUAUUGGAAGAUGAUGUAGAUGUUGAUGAGAUAGACAUAGAAGAUGAUACAGAAAAAGCCAUGGUUGAUGGACGACCUGCAUGGAUGAGAACUCUACACUCAUCUGUUAAAACAUGGCUAGAUCUUGUUCCUAAGGGUUAUGAAGAUGUUGCUGUUGGAGCAAUGAAGCGAACCAUGGAGAACAUAAAGGACCCACUUUUCCGCUUCUUUGAGCGUGAGGUGAAUGCUGGGGCUAAACUACUGUAUGAUGUUAGACGUGAUCUACAAGAUGUUCUACAAGUGUGUGUCGGUUCUAAAAAACCAACUAACCAUCAUAGAACUAUGAUGGCUGAUCUAGCUAAAGGUAUGAUCCCACAGACAUGGAGGAGAUACACUAUACCAGCUGCUAUCACUGUUAUACAAUGGAUCACUGACUUCAGUCAGAGAAUUAAACAGUUACAGAAUGUUGUACAAGUUACACAACAAGGAGGAGCUAAAGAACUUAAGAAUCUACAAGUAUGGCUUGGUGGACUGUUUAUCUCGGAGGCUUACAUCACUGCAACAAGACAAUAUGUGGCCCAGGCCAACAGCUGGUCACUUGAGGAGCUGUACCUAGAUGUGAAGGUGACUGAUGGGAAAUCUGGAGCUCUGGACGCUUGCAGUUUUAGUGUGACUGGUCUACGUCUGCAGGGAGCUGUGUGUAAAAAUAAUACAUUACAACUCUCCUCAAAGAUAUCCACUGAUUUACCACUCACACUUCUCAGAUGGAUCAAGUAUGAAGGCAAGAAACCAGAAAACAAAGUCACUCUGCCUGUCUACUUGAACUCUACACGUGCCCAGCUCUUGUUUACCCUUGAUUUUGACACAGAAGGGCAAGGUUCUGGCAAGGAUCAUAGUUUCUAUGAACGUGGUGUCGCUUUGGUCUCCUCAGAUCUUGGCUAGACAAACCAUUGGAUAUGACAUUCUUAAAGUGAAAUAAACUUUAACCAAAAGACAAUAAUUUUCCCCCCAUUUGGUGUUGUGGUGUAUCUUUGAAGUUUACUUUUUAUGCUUUAAUUAGAUUUAAACUGUUUGGAGUUUCUGGAUUUAGGUUGUUAUUGAUAUAUUUGGCUUUAUUUCAUUAAUUAAUAUAAACAUUGUAAUUUGAACAGUUGAAUGUAACAAAAAUUGUGAUUUGUGUCUUCGAAAUUGAAAUGAUAAGAAAAGAAUAUUCUUCACAGCAUUGAAUGAUUAGUUUUACAUUCUGGCUUAUGCUUAAAGUUGAUGAAAUUGAAGUAAUUGCUUAAAAUUUAUUACCCCAUAUUCUCUAGAUUUAGAUUAAAUUUUAUCCCAGCUUAAAA